AUGGCAAUCGGGAAGGACACGCGCUCAAAUACGACUCACGCGUUCGCCUCACUAACCGCCAUUUCACACAAUACCACAGGACACAAGAUUAUCAACUGGCCACUGAUGGCCCGGAACACGUCCGACCAGCGUCGGAACUUCACUUCCUCUCUGCUGAGCAACGUGACCGACCGCGAGCAUAUUUUUUAG